UCCUUGGCUCUUCCCCCUUCUGGCCUCCCCCCCCCCUUCCUUCCUUUGGUGCCCCAUUCAGGGCAACCAUGCUGGGCAUGUACGUGCCGGACAGGUUCGCCCUGAAGUCGUCUAACAUCCAAGACGGGAUGGGGCUCUUUACGGCCCGGCGAGUGACAAAGGGUGAAAAAUUUGGGCCAUUUGCAGGCGAGAAGAGAAUGCCACAGGAGCUGGAUGAAGACACAGACUGCAGGCUGAUGUGGGAGGUACGUGGGAAUAAAGGUGAAGUUCUUUAUGUCCUGGAUGCCAGCAAUCCACGGCAUUCGAACUGGUUGCGUUUUGUACAUGAAGCACCAUCUCAAGAGCAGAAGAAUUUGGCUGCUAUCCAGGAAGGAGAAAACAUUUUCUAUUUAGCUGUUGAAGAUAUUGAAACAGAUACAGAACUAUUGAUUGGUUACCUUGACAGUGACAUGGAAGAGGUAAAAGAAGAGGAGGAGGAAGUCAUUAUUCACCAAGAGGAAGAUGACAGCAAUAACAAUAGUAAUAGCAGCCAUAAGGACUUACAGCAAACUAGUGAAAAAGAUUCUCUUAGCUGUAAAGAGGAUCAUGCCUGUCCCAACUGUGAAUCCAGUUUUGCCAGUCAGGAAAUCUUAGCCGAACACCUUCAAACAUUGCACCAAAAACCUAGUGAAGAAAAGGAAUAUAAAUGCAGAAACUGUGGGAAGAAAUUCCCAGUGAAACAAGCUUUGCAGAGGCAUGUUCUGCAGUGCUUAGAAAACAACAACCCAGGAGAACGUUCCAGGAGUUUUCAAUGUUCUGUUUGCAACACAGCCUUCAGCUCAGAAUCGAGCUAUGAGCAACAUAAGGAAGCAUGCCGUGGUGAGGCCAGGUUCGUAUGCAAAGCUGAUAGCUGCGGGAAGAGGUUCAAGAGUAAAGAUGCCUUGAAAAAGCACAAGGAAAAUGUUCAUAGUGGAAAUUCUAGGAAGAGGCUGAUGUGCUCUGUGUGUAAUAAGAGGUGUUCUUCAGCAACAAAUCUUCAAGAGCAUCGAAAGGUUCAUGAGAUCUUUGAAUGUCAGGAAUGUGACAAGAAAUUUAUUUCAGCUAACCAGCUAAAACGUCAUAUGAUAACACACUCAGAAAAACGCCCCUACACCUGCGAGGUUUGCCAUAAGUCCUUCAAACGACUUGAUCAAGUGACUGCACACAAAAUUAUACACAGUGAAGAUAAACCCUAUAAAUGCAAGCUUUGUGGAAAGGGAUUUGCCCACAGAAAUGUUUACAAGAAUCACAAGAAGACCCACUCUGAAGAGAGACCAUUUCAGUGCGAGGAAUGCAAAGCAUUGUUCCGAACCCCAUUCUCUCUGCAGAGACACCUUCUGAUACAUAACAGUGAAAGAACCUUUAAAUGUGAUCACUGUGAUGCUACAUUCAAAAGGAAGGACACACUGAAUGUUCAUAUACAAGUUGUUCAUGAUGGCCAUAAGAAAUAUAAAUGUGAUUUGUGUGACAAAGCCUUCGUGACACCCUCUGUACUUAAGAGUCAUAAAAAAACUCACACAGGGGAAAAGGAGAAAAUUUGUCCAUACUGUGGACAGAAGUUUGCAAGUAAUGGAACGCUGAGAGUACAUAUUAGGAGUCAUACAGGGGAACGUCCUUACCAGUGUCCUUAUUGUGACAAAGCUUUCAGCAAAAAUGAUGGAUUAAAAAUGCACAUUCGAACUCAUACAAGGGAAAAACCUUACCAGUGUUCGGAGUGCAACAAGGCUUUCAGUCAGAAACGUGGCCUCGAUGAACACAUGAGAACCCAUACAGGGGAGAAGCCGUUCCAGUGUGAUGUUUGUGACUUGUCAUUCAGUUUGAAGAAAAUGCUGAUCCGACACAAGCUGACUCACAAUCCAAACCGCCCCAUGGCCGAAUGCCAGCUGUGCCACAAAAAGUUUACAAGAAAUGACUACCUCAAAGUGCACAUGGAAAAUGUCCACGGAGAAACUGACAGCUAGUUUUGGCUUGCACAAAAAGAGUGCCAUGCCUUCCCUUUGAAGAUGUAUAAACUCCAGACUUCUCACCUGAUUAGUGGCUGCAAGACUCACAUACACACAAUGUGCUCAUAUAAUUGCUUUAUUGCCAAAGUUAAACAAGGUUCAAACAGAAAUAAUUAACUUAAGUGUGAGUUUAACAGAUAAUAUUUAAUAGGAAAAAUCUCACCUUGAUAUGUCAUCAUUUUGUCAUGCUUCAAUUUAUUUUCCUGAAUGUUCCUCUGUGUUGAAAUCAGUACUAAAGCAAUAGUCCUAAAUACACUUAUGGAUGCUAUAGCCAUUUUGUUAAUCAACAGUGUUCAACUACAAAUCCCAAUGGAAGAUCUUUCCCUCUACAGGAGAUGAUUUUGAUAUGAAUUCCAUAUGCAAAAUGGAUAUGAUAUCACAUGAAAUAUAUUUAAAGAAUGCCUACUUGAGCAGCAAUUGGGGGUAAGCAGCAACGAGCUCAAUGAGGCCUGCUUCUUCAAAGAAAUAAUAAGGUCAAACUUCCAGGAUAAGCCCUGGAAAGAGUCUCAGUAUCUUUUUGCAAUUUUGAUAGGUAGAGAGAACAAGGAUGGAGAACAUGUCAUUUACAUGCUGGUGGGCU